AUGGAGAGAAGUAAUUUUGGAAAUCAUUUGCCAGAGCAACAUCGUCUCCCUGUGGCAGAACUACGUCAGAAUUCUUCCCAAGGAGUGCGGCAGGUGAAGAAUGAAGGCAAGUUGAACAUUAAGUUCAUCAGAUAUUCGUCAGACGGAACGGACAACAAUGGGUUUUGCAGUGAAACGUGGAAAGGACCACCAUGCAAUGAUACAUGUGAUCCAAUGUUUACCCUGUGCGUUAAAGACCCUCGUGAUACGAAGCCAUGUUCUCUGUACUAUAAGCCUACAGCAGGGAUGGACACUGGAAGCAAUAAUGUGGUUUUCGGCAACAGCAUAAAUGGAACACCAAAUCCUUUUAUUAUAGAUGUGGACAAAUCAAUGCCGUCCUCGAUAAAGAUACAGGUGACCGUAUAUGAUUACGACCAGAACAACGCAGAUGAUUACAUGGAUACUCUGGCAGCAUUCAUCAACAUAUCUGCCAGUCCAAACAAAAUCAUGUCUCCAUACAAGCCAUGUUCUCUGCUGAGUAGAACCAAUUUAGGUAUUGGUGUUCGUGCCUACUGUGAUCCUGACUGGUACGGCUCUGAUUGUCUGACAUACUGCAAAGCGCAAACUACUGACUAUUACAGUUGCCAGGCUUCGAGUGGGGCCAAGAUCUGCUUCCAAGGAUGGAAGGGAGAUUACUGUAAUCAGGACGUCGACGAGUGCACUGAAAUGGUGGACGUGUGUCAACAUGAUGGCAGCUGCACAAAUACACCUGGAGGCUUUCAGUGCCAGUGUGUGGAGGGAAUCACAGGGAAGAAUUGUGAACUUGUAACUAACCACUGUGCCCUGAAUAAAUGCCUGAACGGAGGGAUCUGUAAUGGAAAUGAAACAGACUUCAAAUGUGACUGUGAUUUUCCAUGGACUGGAGAAAAGUGUGAUCUAAAUGUUGAUAUUACCAACAUCACCGUCCUUGGAGUGAUUAAUCAUAACAACAAAGGCAGUCUGAUUACUGGCUUGAGGAAAGUCAUCAACGAUCUUGGAGGAAUACAGGGGCAAGUGAAUGUCGUGAUCUCAACACAUAUCUACAGUGAAAGCAUAAAUAUCACCACGCAAGUUCAGUUUUAUGUGACACUGGAAAAUGAUGCUUUCCUAACGAGUGACUUUGUAAGAGAGAUCUUUUCAUCACACAGUGAUGCUGACAUCAACCAAUACCUUCCCUUCCCCCUCUACCCAGCGAGGGACACAGAUGACGAGGAGAUUGGUAUCACUACCCAAGAAAAUAUAACAGAGGGAAGUUGGUUCAAGAGUAACUGGUAUAAGGUGGUUGGAGCUCUUUCUGCUGGACUUGUGCUGGUGGCACUGUGUGUAUUAUUCCUCAUGUGGAGGAGAAAGUCGUAAGUACUGUGUCUGGGUUGGUUAUUAACUGCAUUUGACAUUAAUUAUUACAAUGUUUUUCUCA